AUGGGCCCUGGGGCUCUGCUGGUCCUGCUGGUGGCCACAGCUUGGCAUGCUCAAGGGGUCCCAGUGAUAGAGCCCAGCAGCCCUGAGCUGGUUGUGAAGCCAGGUGCCACGGUGACCCUGCGAUGCACGGGCAAUGGCAGUGUGGAAUGGGACGGCCCCAUCUCCUCCCCCUACUGGACCCUGGACCCUCAGGACCCCUGCAGCAUCCUGACCACAAACAAUGCCACCUUCCGAAACACGGGGACCUAUCGUUGUACUGAGACUGGAGACCCCCUGGGGGGCAGCGCCACCAUCCACCUCUACGUCAAAGACCCUGCGCGGCCCUGGAAUUUGCUGGCUGAGAAAGUGACGGUGUGGGAGGGUCAGGAUGCACUGCUGCCCUGCCUGCUCACUGACCCGGCACUGGAGGCGGGUGUCUCACUGACGCAAGUGCGUAACCGGCCGGUCUUGCGCCAAACCAACUAUACCUUCUCACCCCGGCACGGCUUCACUAUCCACAACGCCAAGUACGUGGAGAGUCGAGAUUACCAAUGCAGCGCUCAAGUCGAUGGCAGGACGGUGACAACGCUUGGCAUCAGGCUUAAAGUGCAGAAAGUCAUCCCAGAGCCCCCGACCGUGACACUGGAGCCUAAAGAGCUGGUACGGAUUCAAGGAGAGGCUGCCCAGAUCGUUUGCUCAGCCAGUGACGUUGAUGUCCACUUUGACGUCUUCCUCCAACGAGGAAACACCAAGCUCACAAUCUUGGAACACUCCGACUUCCAUCAAAACCGUUUCCAGAAAGUCCUGACCCUCAACCUUGAUCAAGUAGGCUUCCAACAUGCUGGCAACUACUCCUGUGUGGCUACCAAUAUCCAGGGCGUCCAGUCCUCUUCCAUGGUCUUCCGGGUCGUAGAGAGUGCCUACUUGAACUUGACCUCUGAGCAGAACCUCCUCCAGGAGGUGGGUCUGGGUGAGCAGCUCAACCUCCAAGUCACGGUGGAGGCCUACCCAAACCUACAAAGUCUUAACUGGACCUACCUGGGACCCUUCUCUUACCACCAGCCCACGCUCCAUUUUGCCACCGACAAGAACAUGUACAGGUAUACCUCCACCCUCUUCCUGCCUCGCCUGAAGCCUUAUGAGGCCGGCCACUACUCCUUCCUGGCCGAAAAUGCCCGAGGCAGAGAAGUUCUGACCUUCGAGCUCCACCUUCGAUACUCCCCAGAGGUAAAGGUCACGUGGCACCCCAUCAAUGGUUCUGAUGCCCUGCUCUGUGAGGUCUCCGGGUACCCCCAGCCCAACGUGACGUGGGUGCAGUGUGGGGGUCGUACUGAUAGAUGUGAUGAGACCCUGGAGCUGGUCUUCGAGGACCCACACCCCAAGGUCCUGAGCCAGGAGCCCUUCCACAAGGUGACUGUCCACAGCCUGCUGGUCACUGGAACCUUGGAACACAACAGGACGUAUGAGUGCAGGGCCCACAACAGUGCAGGGAACGACUCUCAGGCCUUCUCGCACGUCUCUGUAGGAGCCAGCAUACAGCCCCGUGAUGAGACCUUCUUCACGCCAGUGAUGGUCGCCUGCAUGUCCAUCAUGGCCUUACUGCUGCUGCUGCUCUUGCUGCUUCUGUACAAGUACAAGCAGAAGCCCAAAUACCAGGUGCGCUGGAAAAUCAUUGAGAGCUAUGAGGGCAACAAUUACACGUUCAUCGAUCCCACCCAGCUGCCCUACAAUGAAAAGUGGGAGUUCCCCCGUAACAACCUGCAGUUUGGUAAGACCCUUGGAGCUGGCGCCUUUGGGAAGGUGGUAGAGGCCACAGCCUUUGGUCUGGGCAAGGAAGAUGCUGUCCUGAAGGUGGCUGUGAAGAUGCUGAAGUCCACCGCUCAUUCUGAUGAGAAGGAGGCCCUCAUGUCGGAACUGAAGAUCAUGAGCCACCUGGGUCAGCACAACAACAUAGUCAACCUGCUGGGAGCCUGCACCCACGGAGGUCCUGUCCUGGUUAUCACUGAGUACUGUUGCUAUGGCGACCUGCUCAACUUUCUGAGAAGGAAGGCUGAGGCCAUGCUGGGACCCAGCCUGAGUCCCGGCCAGGACCCUGGCUACAAGAACAUCCACGUGGAAAAGAAAUAUGCCCGCAGGGACAGUGGCUUCUCCAGCCAGGGUGUGGACACCUAUGUGGAGAUGAGGCCCGUUUCCACUUCUUCUUCAGAUGACUCCUUCUCUGAGCAAGACCUGGACAAGGACGGGUGGCCGCUGGAGCUGUGGGACCUGCUCCACUUCUCGAGCCAGGUGGCCCAGGGCAUGUCCUUCCUUGCUUCUAAGAACUGCAUCCAUCGGGACGUGGCAGCCCGAAACGUUCUGCUGACCAGUGGGCGUGUGGCCAAGAUUGGGGAUUUUGGGCUGGCUAGGGACAUCAUGAAUGACUCCAACUACAUCGUCAAGGGCAAUGCCCGCCUGCCCGUGAAGUGGAUGGCUCCAGAGAGCAUUUUCGACUGCGUCUACACGGUUCAGAGUGAUGUCUGGUCCUACGGAAUCCUCCUCUGGGAGAUCUUCUCACUCGGGCUGAACCCCUACCCUGGCAUCCUGGUGAACAGCAAGUUCUAUAAGCUGGUGAAGGAUGGGUACCAAAUGGCCCAGCCUGCGUUCGCUCCAAAGAACAUAUACAGCAUCAUGCAAGCGUGUUGGGCGCUGGAGCCCACUCACAGACCCACCUUCCAGCAGAUCUGCUCCCUCCUUCAGGAGCAGGCCCAAGAGGAGAGCAGAGAGCAGGCCUACACCAACCUGCCCAGCAGCCCCAGCAGGGGUGGCGAGCCAGAGGAGAGCUCUAGCGAGCAGCUGGCCUGCUGUGAGCAGGGGGAUAUAGCCCAGCCGCUGCUGCAGCCUAACAACUAUCAGUUCUGCUGAGGUGACGACAGGGAAGCACUCUCUCUCGCCUGCUCCAAGACCCAACUCCUCCAUGGAUGGGCGCCAUGGGGGAGAACACAGACUCUGCCCUUCGUCAUUUCACUUAACAGCCUGGCCCAGCUCUGAAACUCAGGAAUGUGGGACCCACGAGAGGUCGGAGAGGACCCCACUUCCAGAACCUGGGCCAUCACUGCCAGUCAGGGGCUGGGGCUGAGCCCCGCCCCUCCCACUGUUCUCAAAGCUGUGGCCACAUGUUCGCUAUGCCAAAUGGGAGAACCCCCAGCUCACCCUUUUAACCUUGUUCCCACUUCCAGGAAACCCCUCCCCUACUCCCCUCGUGUCUCAAUGGACUGGAUUGCAUCUAUGGAGUCCCCGGGAGCCACCCCACCAUUGAGCAAACUAUGCUCCUGAGCCUUAGCAGAGUGGAGGGAGCCUCUAACCAAGUAGACAGUGAGAGUGGACAGGUGCUCAGAGUAGUCUGAGCUCAGCUCAGACCCCUUGGAGCAGGGUGGCUCCUCUGUAAGAAUCGAACUUACUUCCUAGUCUCUGCCCUCUGGCCUUCUCUCCUCAGUCUCCCCUCCCCCGCCCCGGAUCUGGUAUAUGAGCCACGUGGCAGCUAGAAUUUCAGGGUUCUGCCCAGUCCCCUGUCCUCCUGAGCUGGAAGGCAGGGAACCCGUGUGGCCGGCCACACCAAGCAAGCAGCACGCACUUCCCCGAGUUGACUCAACAUAACUAACAGUCACGCUGUGGGAUGUCUCUGUCAACAUUAAACUAACAACAUUAACACA